AUGGGAAAGAAACCUAAGUCCUCGAGAGGAGCUAGAAAAGCUAAAGACCGCAAGCUCGACAAAUCUACUUUACCUCCACCUCCAAAAGCUCUUGAUGACGAGGUUGGUUCUGCGAAGCUUUUGGAUGAGCCUUCGUUGCCUGGAAGUGGUUACAAAGCCCUAGACCGUGAGGGAUAUGAUGAUGGUGGUGUUGCCGAUCUUACACUGGUGAUUGAUUUGGAGGAUAGUGUCCUCAGACGCAAGCGUGGAGAGAACGAGUACUUCACAGCUCUGAAAGCCGAUCUUCUUCCGCGUGUUACUAAAGGACCUCUUGCCCAAAUGAGCCGUCGGGAACAAAAAAUCAAACUUGCAAAGCUUCUAUUCUCAGAAGAAGAACAUGAAGAGGAUAAGAACCCAUCUGAAGUGUGGAUGGACACUGUUGACGGAAACGAGGAUGCUCAAACGAAGAAGCAUCGUGUGGAGCGCCUGUCUUCUGCUCGCAUGGCACUCAGUCUUUCCAGUGUCUUGAGAGAACCAGCUUGCGCCAGUUUGAGUCUUUCUGAGAUCUCGAAGCGCAGAUUAGCCUUGUAUGGCAAAGAUGGAGCCAUCGAUGCUCUAAGAUGUGCCGAUAAGGCCAUCGAGAUUGCUGGAGCUGGAUUCUGGGAUCGCGAUGAAAUCGAAGUUGAAGCCGAGGAUAUCCCCAAAAUUGAUCCAAAGCACGAGAAAAAUGCAACUGCUCCUGGACUUGCCAACGAGGCUACUUUGAAGCUCUUGCCAGUUCGGGUUUCUCACCUUUGCUUGCGAUCUGCAUACCUACAUCGAGGAAAUGCACUAGCUGCCCUUGGCCGAGAAGAGGAGGCUAAGGAAUCCUACAAUCAAGUUUUCCCAAUGCUCAACGAUGAACCCCGCUGUGGACGCUUGGAUUGGGAGAGGAGUUCGUUGUACAUCAACAUUGGAAACACAUUCAGCAGAAAGGGUAGCUUCGAUGCUGCCAAGAAGAACUACGAUAUUGCCGAACAACUUGGGCGCGAUCACAUCAAGGCUGAGGCCGGGAACAGAGUUGAUGGUAUGGGCAUGGUCAUUGUUGCGAUGCGUGCUAGAGCAUUUGCUUUGAAGAAAGCGGGAAAGGAGGCUGAAGGAAAGGAAGUUAUGCGAGAUGUUAUCAAAAUGCAGAUUGAACUCAACGCCGAAAACGAGAAGAAGAAGGCAGAAGAAGAAGCCACCGCUGCCUCGGAGGCAGACAAGAAUGUCGCCGCUGGAACCCAACCAGUUUCCGUUUCUUCGUAA